GUUUGUAUUAGUGUUUUUAAAAUAUGUGCUAUUUCGUUAAAAAGUGUAAAUUUAUUAACCGUUUUUGUAAUAUUAUAUAAAAAAUAUUGAUAGUGUUUAGAAAAAUAUGUAAUUUAGUGUAAUUGUGAUGUGUAAUUUUAAAAAUAUUGUGAUUUUAAUGUUACGAAGGUAGCUUGCCCAAGAUGGAUGAGACAAACGUUAAAAAUCAGAAUCCAAGUAUUGAUGAAGAGGAUUGCCCAAAAUCUGAAACCGUCGCAGCUGCAGCAUGCUCUUCCCUGCCCCAAGAUAAACGAAUAUGCUUAAUUGGAAGUGUCGCUGAAGAUGAUGCAGUCGUUCGUGCUGCGCACACUUAUGGAGUUCCAGUCCUAACGUCCGAAACAGGAUUGGAAUAUGUAUCAGACACAUCAUGUGUUACCGUAUUUGUAUUGGAUACAUUCAGUGGUCCAGUAUUCGAAUCUAUACAUAAAACACCACAUCGAAUACUUGGACCAAUUGCAUUGAGGCAGCUAGCUGAUGAAAAAGAGCCCUUACCGAACAAUACUCGACCCUUGUAUAAUAUUUCAAUGCGUGGUGUUAUUUUAUGUUUUACUGGAUUCAAGAAAAAAGAUGACUUGAUAAAAUUAAUCCCUUUGAUCCAUCAUAUGGGUGGAUCUGUACGAAAAGACACAAGUUUAAAUGUAACACAUUUAAUUGCGAACUGUUGCGGUGGUGAGAAAUAUCAAUAUGCGUGUACAUUUCGUUUACCAAUUAUGUCACCAAAAUGGGUACUGGAUGCCUGGGAGAAUCGGAAUGAUAUGACUUUACGAGUAACGCAAGAUAAAUUUUUGGCUGAUCAUAAAUUACCUCCCCUACAUGGUGCAAGAGUAUGUUUUGUUGGAUUUUCGGCAGAGGAGACGGACCAUAUGCGAGAUGUUCUUACAGAGAAUGGUGGUAUUCCGGUACAAACUGACGAUCCAUCGUGUACUCAUGUGGUGAUGGAAAAUGGGAAAACACAUUUGACGGCACAAUUAUCAGAUAUCCCCACCACAAUUCCAUUAUCAUAUAACAAUAACACAUCCUAUAAUUUACAAAACACUGAAAAUCAGGUGGCUACAACAAACUUAUCAUUUGAUAAUCAAUUCGAUUAUACAAUGGACCAAAUUGGACAGAACAGUCCAUUGGAACCAAUAUCAGAAGAGAUAUUUACAAGCGAGCAUCAACAAAAAUUUAUCGAAAAUAUCUUAUCAAAUUCAUCGAUUGAAUCACCGUUGAAACGGAAACGUGACAGUGAUAGUGAUCAAAGUUUUGUUGAACCGAUGCGAUUACGUAUGACAACAUCACCACGAAUCAUGCGCAAUAUUAAAAAACGUCGUUUAAGUAUUACCCCACGUAUUAUGGAAAUGUUAAAAACACCGAUGGCACUAUUUACGCCAAAACGUGCCCCUUCGAUCGAAGAUCCCGAUGAUAGUAAUUCAUUAAACUCGUUUAAUUUAUCACCCACUGAAAGUUUAGAAAGUUUGAGUAUCAGUCGUAAUUAUUGUUCAACACCAAUUUGUAACAAAACGCAAACUUCAGUCGUAAAAGCGGCAAAAGAGAAAAUAUUCUCUCGAAAAAAAUCGAAAUCGUUACGUAAUAAGAAAAAGAAAAAUAAAGCGGCGAAAAAUAAAGAAAAAAAUCUAGAACCAAUUAAUUUAUAUUCUGAAUAUUCCGGUCCGAAUAUAAUUGAAAGUAAUUUAAAAACAAAAUUUAAACCACAAAUCGAUUUAAAUAUAACGGAUUUAGAUGUAAUUGCGCAUGAUCGUACAGAAGAUGAACUAUGUACACCGACAAUGACAAAAGCACAAAUUUUAACACCACAGACGGUACCACGUAUAAUGGUUACAAAUAAUAAUGACGCGGCAAAUUUAAAUACAAAAGUUGUUAAGAAAUUAAAUUUAUCGAAACGUCAUUCGAUAUGCAUUGUGGAAUCCACUGAUCGACGUGUUUUAUUACAUUCAUCUACGUCUAGUAAAUCCAGUAAAUCCCGUCGAUCCUCAUCAUUGAGUCCACCACCUUCUUCUAAUCCCAGUGAGCAGUCCGAUGGCACGCAAUCGCAGCGGUGGCGACUCCAUCAUCCCAAUCACUUGGUCGUUGACGAAAGUGCUGUAGCUGAACGCCCAGAAAUCACAUCAAGAGCAUUGCUGGUAAAAGCUGAGUGGUUUUGGGCAUCCGUUCAAAAUGCUGCCUGCAUCGAUGAAAAAGACUACAUGUUCGAUGAUUAUCUAGAAUCAAUUCUGUCACCAACACGGCGUGAAUCACGCUCUUUGGCAACACCAAAUGGUGCUCCCGGAGGUUCAGCUAGCGGACGACGGAAACGUAAACGUUUACAUGGUACAUUGGGUUCACUGGUACGUGGUACAAGUCUCUCAGGUCCUGGGGGACCUGAAUCACCUGGUCUGCAUAAACGGCGCUCAUCUAUAAGUGAUGCUGGUCUACUAAGUGUAUCCAGUUCAUUUUUAGACUGCACCGCUUCUCCAGAUAAGUCGUUAUUGGAUGAACCUGAAGGUGCUUCGGGUGAUGCAACCACUGUGCGAAAAACGCUUAGUCCUCGGCAGCAAGUGUUUAUGGAAUUAGUUCAAACGGAAUCGAAUUAUGUGAAUAUUUUAAAUACAAUAAUGACGAUGUUUAAAAAUCAUUUAGAAAAAACCUUGUUAGAUAAUGAGGAAGAAGCCUUAUUAAAUAACACCGAAUUAAAAAUAAUAUUCGGAAAUCUACCGCCUAUUUACGAAACACAUAGUAAAAUGUUAGAAGAAUUACGAUGGGCCUCCGCUCAUUGGUCCGAAGAUACAUCGAUCGGUAACAUAUUUUUAAAAUACUCAGCUGAUUUAAUCAAAGCAUAUCCACCAUUUGUCAAUUUUUUCGAAACAAUGAAAGAAGCUCUUAUACAAUGUGAUCAAACGAAACCACGGUUUCAUGCUUUCCUCAAAGUGUGCCAAACAAGACCCGAAUGUGGUCGACAAAGCCUUCAAGAGUUAUUAAUUCGUCCAGUUCAACGAUUACCUAGCAUAAGUUUACUUUUAAGUGAUAUUAUAAAGCAUACGCCCAAAGCAAAUCCAGAUCAUAGUGCUUUAGAAAAAGCAUUAACUUCGAUACGUGAAGUCAUUACGAUUAUUAACGAAGAUAAACGAAAAACUGAAGGAAUGGUUGUAAUGUUUAAUAUACAUGAUCAGAUUGAUAAGUGCCCAGCUGAUUUGGUAUCGAGUCAUCGAAAUUUUGUUACACGAUGUGAAGUACAACAGUUAUCGGAUGGUUUAUCAGGUCGAGGAGAUACGUUAGUGUUCUUUUUAUUCACCGAUACGUUAGAAGUAUGUAAGAAACCAAAACCGAAAAAAGGAUCUGGUAACAGUUUAAAAAGUCCUGUCACAGUAAAUGGUCUCCCACCAAUCAAAUCUUCAAGUUCGACAACAAAUAAAUUACCUUAUAAACAUGUUCGAUUAAUACAUUUAUCAACAAUUCGAAAAGUAAUCGAUAUUCGAGAGACGGAAGAUUUCCAUAAUGGAUUCGCCUUGGUGUGCCGAAAUAAUUUAGAAUUAAAUAAAAAUAAUCAAGAAUUAAAGGAAGACUUAUAUUAUUUUACAGUUUUAGAGGAUGAAAUAAAUAAAACAAACUUUUUAAGGACUUUAUGUCGACAAAUGGCGAAUACAGUGUGUCAAGCUGAUGCCGAUUCAUUUUUAGCGUGUUUAGAUGCACAUCAGUUAAAUAUUAAAAGUAUGGAUGGCGCUAGUGGGACAUUAUCAAAAGCUAAUUUAUAUAAAUUAGCGGAGAAAACUCGUAUGAAAGUGGGUAGAGCGUUUAGUUUUAAUAAAACACCGUUAAAAAGAGCUGUUUCGACAAUGAUGUCACCGUUUGGUAGCAAUGCCAAUUUAACACCAAGUUCACAACUAGCUCAAAUGAGAUUAGCAAGUUGUAAUAAUAUAAAUGAAUUAGGAGGUGGAAACGCAGGAUCACCUUCAUCAACUGAUACAUUGGUAGCUCCUUUAUCCGUUCAACCAACACGAAAAGCCAAAUAUUCCUCAUUAAAUAUAGCUGCUCUGCGUAGGUUAUAACAAUUAAUAUCGGCUUAUUAAAAAUAUAAAAAAACAGUGCCUUUGUUUAAUUAUUCUUUUUAAUUUUAUUCAAAAAUAAAUUAAAUAAUAUAUUUAAGUGUACAAAUUAAAAACAAACAAACAAAUAAACGUAUUUUUUACCCAAUUUAAUGGGCGCGUAACCAAAACAGAGAGUAGGGUCAUGUUUUUGUGAAUGUAAUACAAAUAAAAUAAAAAAUAAUAAUAAGCGUUUUUUUAUUAUAAGAGAAAAAAAUUGUGACCAAGUUUAAUAAUAAAGUGCAUAAAAAAUAUUUAUUUUAAAAAAUAUAAGAAAAAAACAUAACAAGUUGUGCUUAGUGGAGUUUUCAUUUUCGUAAGAAUAUCAUAUUUUGAUUUGAAAAUACAAAUAAAAGUCACGACGUCACAUAUUUCUUCACCUAAAUGGACUGAAAAUGGCAACAGUUAUAGGAAAUUUUGGUAUAAACUAUUGGCUUUUUCCCUUUUUCUAGUCUUUAUUGGAGCGCAUACUUUCGGAUUAUAAAUACAGAUAUUUGAAACAAAAAAUCAUUAUCAGUCCAUUUAGUUUAAGAGACGUGUGUCUGUUUAAAAAUAGAAUUAU